AUGUUAGGUCAAACACCAGCCAGUGUCAACCAAACGAAUGAAGAAGAGGUCCGCUUGUCUCAGUACCUGAUCAAACCUAAAAAGGCAAUCCACAAAAAGACAAAGUUUACCUUUGACAUUGGUGACAAAGUACGAGUCAGUCAUCUUCGCGGUACAUUUGACCGGGAAUACCAAGAAAAAUGGUCUGGCGAAAUAUUUACCAUUGAAAGGAGAUACUGGUCUCAAAGCCAUGACUUGUACAAAUUAAAGGACUGGGGUGGCGAUCCCAUUGAAGGGACAUUCUAUGCAGCUGAACUUCAAAAGGUGACUGAGAAUCCGGAUCAAUUGUAUCGUAUCCAAGACAUUGUAAAAAGGAGAACUCGGAACAAACAGAAAGAAGUGCUGGUGAAAUGGCUUCACUGGCCUAAGAAGUACAAUUCGUGGAUUCCAGAAGCAGACGUUGUUCGAUAUCAGACAGUAUAA